CUUACUGUUCCAAUACUUUUGGAGGGGACUGUAUGUUAAUGGUGUGUUCACGUCGUAACGUUUUUAGGCAUCCUAUUUUUUCAUUUGUAAAGUUAUAGCAAUCCUGUCUGGUCAUCAUGUAGCUAUGUUAUUAGGUUAUAAGCUUAGUUGAUAGCUUAGUUCUUUUUUUUGUGCUAUAAAGUUGGAUCGUUGGAUGCCUACAUCCUUUGUUGUCACAUUGUUAUGUUACAUUGUUUGAUUGCCUUAAGCCUGCUGUGUCAACCUGAUCAUUGUAAAGCACAGUAUGGGUGUAUCAACACACCACAUCUUGGUUGCCACACAUCUCCAGCACCUGGACUGACCAUGAAUGGCUGUCAAACUUUAGGAUGAGAAAAUUUGGAUUCGUGCCAUGCCCUCCGAACUUGGUUGACCUGGAGCACAACCAGAUACAGAAAGCCAGUGCCUGCUGAGGUUCGAGUUGCGAUCUGCAUCUGGAGAUUGGCAAAAAAAACUGGAAUACUGCUCUCUUUCCCACCUGUUUGGCGUCGGCCUGUCCACCAUGUUGUCUUAUAACACAGGAAGUUACCACGGCCAUAAACACUGUUCUGAAACCACAGUAUAUUAGAACACUUUCUGCAGCUGAAUUCCAAUUAAUUAGCCAAGGUUUUCGGGACAAGUGGAGAUUUCCCUAAGUAGCCGAUUCUAUUGAUGGAACGUAUAUGAAUAUUAGAGCUCCCCAUGAUGCAUCAGAAGAUUAUUACAAUAGAAAGGGGCAUUAUUCUAUUAUAUUACAAGGUGUUGUGGACAACAAAUUAAAGUUUUGGGACAUAAAUCCAUGAUGCCUGUGUGUUUCAGGGCUGUAUGAGCGAGGUGUCAGAGGUGCACUGUUGCCAAGAAUACAGGAAAGAUUAGAGUAUGAGGAGGGAAUAUGAGCCACCAUCAGCUGCCAUUCAUAGUUUGUUUGUUACUCUAACCAGGGCUGUUUCUAUGCUGUGAAACCAGACUGAAAUUUGAGGUGGUCCUGGAGAUGGGCGGCAACAACUUUUUCCAGUACUUUGGAGAGGAAUGGGAGAUUAGAAAUGGGCCUGUAAUUUGCGAAGGCAUCUGGAUCAAGAGUGGUUUUUUUGAGAAUUGGUCUGAUUAUGGCAGUUUUAGGGGCAGGUGGAACAUUGCCAGACUGGAGGGAGUGGUUUAUAAUAGUGGCCAUCAGAGGGCUUAGGGCAGAAGUGUUUGCUUUCACUAGACCUGUAGGAAAGGGGUCGAGGUCACAGGUGGUGGGUUUCAUCAUUUUGAUUAUCUUCUCAACCUCUUGUUGUGAGAUUUCUGGAAAGCAGUGUAGCAUGCUAAGUGUAAGCAGGGCUGGGAGAUUGCAGGCUGUGAGUGUCACAUUCUGCCUGAUUGGUCAUGUUUAGGUGAGUUUUGUUCAUUGGUCUGUUCGGUCUCUGUUAUUUAGUAUGUGUUUUUGGUCCAUCUCUUAUGUUAUACUGUUUCGCCUCGUUUAUUCUUGUGAGGAUGGUUGUGUUGGUUCUCAUUCUGUUUUCUUGUCCUACUACUUAGUCCUGUGUUUCAGUUCUGUGUCUCAGUUCAUGUCUUGGUGUUUACUCCCGGUCUGUGUACUUCAGUGUUUGUUAUUUUUCCCAUGUCUGCUCUGUGUUCUGUUUAAUCCUUGUUUCAGUCUGUUUCCCUUGUUAUGCUGUAGUCCAUCUGUAUUAGUUUGUAUCUACGCUGUGCUCUUAGUGCUGUUUAGUCUGUUUCCUGUCUAUUUUGGUUUUGAUCCGUGUCUGCCUUGUCUGUCUCUUUCUGUUAUUAUCUGGUGUUUGCUUCAUGCUUAGUUUCUGUCUGCCUGCCUGCCUCUUUGUUUUCCCCUGCUGUCUCUCUGCCUUGUUAGCCCUGAUCCCGGUCACCUAUGUUGCUCCCGCCCUGCUCGUUAGUCCCUGAGUAUAUAUGUUUGGUGUUUCUGUUCAUUCCCUGUCUGGUCAUUUUAGUGUGAUUACACACUGUUGUGUUGUGUGUUGAGUGUUCUGCCUGAUUCGGAGUUUUCUGAUGUUUUUGGAGGAAUUCUGCUGCAAAACGGCAGGUGGGGGAGUUGACAUGAAUAUUGAUAUCUCCAAAGACUAUGAUAUUGACAGACAUUGUACAGGAUGUUUAGAGAAGGUUGGACAUCUCCGGGAUGAAAGAUGCAUUUAGUUUGGUAGAUGAGAAGUAUCGUUGUGGAGAGAGGGGGCUUACUUUGAAAUGCAAGGAAUUCAAAAGAAGACAGCUAAAGCAGGGUUAUAGGGGACACGUCUGGCAAAGGAGUCCAAGUUUUAAUGACCAAUAUGCACGAUGCCAAGUGGAUAUUGUCCACUCCUGUCAAGUUGCUUCGCCCAGCACCUGCUCUUCAGUUGAUUGUGGACUUGGACGGAGAGGUGAUCCGCCUCCUACACAGUGUUUUAGAAGUGUUUGUGUGUGUGUCCCUGUGAGGCAGAUCCAUAGGCUGUGUCAUGAAGAUUGACAGAGACGGAUGACAGAUAUGUUAUCUGUAUAGCCCUACAGAGAAAAGAGAGCGAGAGUGAGUUCGACUCUCUCCCUCCACACUCCUCCUCCUCUUCCGACCCUCUCCAUCCGUCCUCCCCGGCAGACGGAUCAGACCUCCGGCAAGGCAGCGUGGAUUUUAAUCCUCCUUGCAUCUGUGUGAAUGGGAAUCAGCUGCACCGGGCAGGAGUGAUGGAGACUCUGCCUUCAUAGUUACUGGAACUUGUUUCUUAUCUUAAAAAGAAGGGAACUAACUGCGCUUGUGUCUGUUUUGGAUUUUUGUUUUCUUUUUGGGAUCCAAGCCCGAUCGGGGAGGGUUAUUUUGGGGAGAGGAGAGGUUGUUUUACCCCUCUCUCUCCUCCUCCUCCUCCUCUUCAUCCUCCUGACUCACCAUCCUGAGUUGUUUUUUUUCUUAUUUUGAUUUUUAAUUGACAGUUGGAUUCUGUGGAGGAUUUUUAAAAAAAAAAAUCAAUCAUCAGCAGGAUUUGCGGGCGCUUGUUCCUGUGGUUCCUCUGGCUCAUCGGGACACGAGCAGGGCAGCAUGGAGCUGGUUUUGGUUGGAUGUAUUGGUGACGUUUGGGAGGUGCUGGUGCUGAGGAGGAGGAGGACAGGAGGGCUCUACCUGCUGCUGCUCUGCUGGCUGCUGGCUGCGCACACCACAGCGCACGCCUCAGAUGCCUCCUCAUCUUCCUCCUCAUAUAGUCUCGGAGGCUUCGUGGACUUCACUUUCACCCAGGAGCCUCAGGACACGGUGACGGUGCGAGGGGGCGUGCUGCAGCUCGACUGCCAGGCAGAGUCUGAUGCAGUGGCGGGGCCUCCCACCAUCACUUGGCGUAAGGACGGCGUGCUGCUCAGUGCAGUGGUGGACGAGCGGCGGCGACAGCUGGCUAACGGCUCUCUGCUGGUGCAGAAUGUUGUGCACUCACGGCAUCACCGGCCUGACGAGGGCGAAUACCAGUGCCUCGCCACGCUGGACGGACUGGGCAGCAUCGUUAGCCAGAGCGCCAGGGUCACUGUGGCUGGUCCUCUGAAGGUGGUUGUCCCCACCGAGUCUGUCUCCUCAUACCUCGGCGACACCGCCCUGCUGCGUUGUGAGGUCUCGGGUGACCCGACGCCCGUCAUUCGCUGGCAGAAGAACCGAGAAGACCUACCACUGACCUUUGACCUCGACUCCCGUUUGGCGGUGCUGCCUUCCGGCUCUCUGCAGGUCAGCCGCGUCCAGCCGCCAGACUCGGCCACGUACCGCUGUCUGGCCGACAACCCCAGCAGCACCAGGACUGGGACGGAUGCCGAGCUCCGAGUGCUCCCAGAGCCUGGGGUGAGCAGGAACCUCCAGUUCCUCCAGCGUCCAUCCAGAGUAACGGCUCUGCUGGGAACCGAUGCCGUGCUGGAAUGUUCUGCCUCCGGAUACCCAACUCCGAGCAUCCAAUGGAGGAGAGGAGAGGAACUGAUCCAGAGCUGGAAUAAGAAGUACUCUCUGUUGGCGGGCAGUAAUCUGAUCAUCAGGAGUGUCACUGACGACGACUCUGGCAGUUACAGCUGUACAGCCACCAACAAGAACCACAACAUCACCGCACACGCAGGGCUGAGUGUACUGGUGCCUCCUCAGUUCCUGAACUACCCGACCAACACAUAUGCCUACGAGUCCACCGACAUCGAGCUGGAGUGUGCUGUGACAGGAAGCCCACCGCCGACUGUCCGCUGGAUGAAAAACGGAGAGGAAGUCAUCCCCAGUGAUUACUUCCAAAUAGUGGACGGCAGUAACCUGCAGAUUUUGGGAUUGGUGAAAUCAGAUGAAGGAUUUUAUCAGUGUGUAGCUGAAAAUUCAGCCGGCAGCUCGCAGGCGAUGGCUCAGCUGCUGCUUCGAGAACCAGUGUCCCCCAGCCCAGGCGUUGCCCUCCCCUCUGCCCCCCGCGACCUGGUCCCUGUCCUAGUGUCCAGCCGAUUUGUCCGACUCAGCUGGCGUCCCCCCGAGGAGACCAGAGGAGCUGUGCAGACCUAUGGCAUUUAUUACUCCCAGGAUGGAGUCGAGAGGGAGCGAUCAGUGAACGUGUCGGAGCCAGAGUCUUUGGAGCUGACAGUCUCCAACCUGAAACCAGAGGAGAGCUACAGCUUCAGGGUCAUUGCUUACAAUGACGUGGGGCCAGGAGAGAGCUCCGCCCCCCUGAGGAUCACCACCAAACCUGACAUCCAGGUUCCCAGCAGAGUGGAGUCUCUCCAGGCUGAGGCUCUGUCUCCCACCUCAGUCCAGGUGAGCUGGGAGCCUCCCAGCCAACCAAACGGCCCGGUGCUGGGCUACAGACUGCUGUGGACCGAGAGCCCGUCUGGCAAGGAACAGAGUGUGGAGGUGAAUGGACUCAACUACAAGAUGGACGGCCUCAAUAAAUUCACAGAGUACACAGUUCGAGUUUUGGCGAUUAACCGCUACGGACCAGGCGCCGCCUCAGAGACGGUCAGCGUCACCACCCAAUCAGACGUACCCAGCGCUCCUCCUCAGAACAUCACCUUAGAGGUUGUCCUGUCCAGGAGCAUCAAGGUGUCAUGGCAGCCGCCUCAGCGCAGCGCCCAGAACGGCGUCAUCACUGCCUACAAGAUCAAAUACAGGAAAACCGGUCGCCGUGGAGACCAAGAGGCCAUCGAACCCAACAAUUUCUGGUACCUGUUCACAGGUCUAGAGAAGGGCAGCCAGUACAGUUUCCAGGUAGCAGCCAUGACAGCCAAUGGAACAGGUCCGGCCAGUGACUGGUACACCACUGAGACGCCGGAGAACGACCUGGAUGAGAGUCAGGUUCCCGACCAACCCAGCUCCCUGCACGUCAGGCCGCUUCCCAACAGCAUCAUCAUGUCCUGGACUCCACCCCUCAGCCCAAACAUCUUAGUUCGAGGUUAUAUCAUUGGCUACGGAGUGGGAAGUCCCUACGCCGAGACGGUCCGAGUGGACAGCAAGCAGAGAUACUACUCCAUCGAAAACCUAGAGCCGAGCUCGCAUUAUGUGAUUUCCCUGAAGGCAUUCAAUAAUGCCGGAGAGGGAGUUCCUCUGUAUGAGAGCGCCGUCACUCGAUCGCUGACAGACCCCAUUGACCCAUCUGAGGAUGACCUCUUCCAUCUCUUUGAUAAAUACCCCACUCCCAUGCCAGACACCAGCACUCCCAUGAUCCCUCCAGUGGGGGUCCAAGCCGUGGCUCUGUCUUCAGACUCGGUCCGAGUCUCCUGGGCUGACAACUCCAUGACCAAGAACCAGAAGGCGUCUGAGGUCCGGUACUACUCCAUCAAGUGGAAGACCAGCUACUCCACUAGUGGAAAGUACAAGUCUGCAGACACCACAGCGCUCAGCCACACUGUCACCAGCCUCAAACCAAACACUAUGUACGAGUUUGCUGUCAUGGUAACCAAAGGCCGCAAGUCCAGCACCUGGAGUAUGACAGCACAUGCCACAACGUACGAAGCAGCUCCCAGCUCCGCCCCUAAAGAUUUGACAGUGAUCAGUCGCGAGGGACGACCCCGCGCCAUUUUAAUAAGCUGGCAACCACCGAUGGAGGCUAACGGGCGAAUCACAGGUUACAUCCUAUACUACACUCUGGAUAAGAACAUGCCGAUAGAUGAUUGGGUGAUGGAGGCGAUCAGCGGGGAUCGGCUAACCCAUCAGGUUGUGGAUUUGAACCUCGACACCGUUUAUUACUUCAGGAUUCAGGCCAAGAAUGCCAAAGGAGUUGGCCCACUAUCUGAGCCCAUCCACUUCAGAACCGCCAAAGUGGAACAUCCAGACAAGAUGGCCAAUGAUCAAGGCCGAGGGGGAGACCACGCCUACUGGCCAUCUGAUACCAACCUGAUUGACAGGAGCAGCAUCAACGAGUCUCCCAUUGGUCAGAUGCGUCCACCUCAUGGCAGCGCCACGCCUCAAAAGAACAGUAACCUCCUGGUCAUCAUCGUAGUUUCCGUGGGAGCUGUCACCGUAGUUGUUGUUGUCAUCGUGGCGCUCAUCUGCACCCGACGCUCCUCCGCCCAGCAGAGGAAGAAGAGAGCGAGCCAUAGUGCCAGCAAGAGGAAGGGCAGCCAGAAGGACCUGCGACCUCCUGACCUCUGGAUCCAUCACGAGGAGAUGGAGAUGAAGAACAUGGAGAAAGCCCCCAGCGUCGCCCCGUCCGGACAUGAUUCGCCCAUCCAGUCCUGCCAGGACCUCCCACAGAUCGCACACAGCCAAUCAGAGAGCCAGAUGGGCAGCAAGAGCAGCCACUCAGGAGCUGAUGGUGAUGAUGUAUCCAGCAGCAUCUCCACUCUGGAGCGCUCCCUGGCUGCCAGGAGGGGGACGCGAGGCAAAAUGAUGAUUCCUAUGGACUCACAGCCGAGCAACACACCGGUGGUCAGUGCCAUCCCGGUGCCAGCUCUGGACUCCUCUCAGUAUCCUGGUAUCCUGCCUUCCCCUUCCUGCGGCUUCACUCACAACAAGUUCAGCCUGAGACCGAUGCCUUUCCCCAGCCUGACCGUGGACAGAGGAUACACACCAGCGAUGCCUUCAGACUCCUCCACCAAUCCCCUCCUCCAGCAGCAGCCUGCUGCCCAGCAGCCCCCUCCCCUCCUCCCCGGCUCCUCCGCCCCGCCCGGGGAGCAUGUUCCCGGGGUUGGCCCAGUCCCAGGGGCUCCUGUUCCUGUUGCCGCAGCUGCAGCUGAGGAAGCCCAGGCUGCGAGCGGUCGGACCAUCCCAACAGCCUGCGUGCGGCCUACCCAUCCUCUACGAAGCUUCACCAACCCGCUGCUGCCGCCGCCCAUGGGGACCAUCGACCCCAAGGUGUACACCUCCAUGAUGCCCCAGUCCAGUGCAAGCCUUCCGAAACCCCAGGUGAAGACUGCCUCUCUGGGUCAGGCCGGUAAGGCUCGCUCCCCUCUGCUGCCAGUCUCAGUCCCUACAGCGCCAGACUUACCGGAGGAGGGAGGAACAAAACCUGCCGAGGAUUCAGCUGCUAACGUUUACGAGCAGGACGACCUUUCUGAGCAGAUGGCGAGUCUAGAAGGGCUGAUGAAGCAGCUCAACGCCAUUACUGGCUCCGCCUUCUAACCUCUGACCCCAACCCAGCCCAGCCCUCAACCAUGGUCCAGUCUGGAACCCUUCUUUAAGCCUUGAUAUCACCUGCUGUCCAUUCACUAAGGGCGGCAACAGGUCAAUCUGGGUUUGAAGAUGCCUCUGUGCAGACAUCCACCUGUGCUGGGUUGAGUUUGUUUGGUUUCUACUGGUCUCGGUCAGUGUCUACUGUUUGGGACCAGGACCGGAUCGAAGGAAAUUAAACAAAGGAUAAACACUACAGCAGCACAGCAUCAACUCCAAGAACAGGACAUGGGUGGAGGGGCUUCAAACUGAAACCCCUGCAGACUCUCCAACCUCAAACACAAAACUAGAAAAACACAAUGCCUAGCGCCUUGACUUAAUGAUACAGGAUGAUGGGAUUAUCACAAAAAAGAAGACAAAGUUAUAAGAUCCCUCCUGUUUCUCUUCUUUGUGGUAUUUAUUAGCGUCCUCCUCCGCUGAGUUAUCCGCAACUCAGUUACUGUGACUGUACCUCACUUAUUUUUCAUGAUCGCUGUUGGAAGUAUCGCGUUUAUAUUUUGUUUUUUGUUUGGGUAUUCCAACUUUGUCAGUCACAGGAUGUGUAUAUGAUUUGAAAAUACAACCAGUACCUAGAGUAAGAAAUAGAUAACACAUCCUCAGCCACCAAAGUAUUGUUUUUUUUUUGACACAUGGAUCCUGGAUAUCUCUCUUUCUUCUCUUCUUUCUCCCUCUGGAACAAAACCGUCUGGUUUCACUGAACCGACCAUCAGACGUGACCCAUGCAGCCCUUCCACCUCUGGACCCUGAGGUUCAUUAAAAAAUAAAGGGAUUACAAAGUAGAUUUUGGCUGAAUAGAAACAUGUGUGAGAACCUACUAGACCAGUCUGAAUCAUCUGGAUCUGGAUCUGGCUGACUCUACUCUUACAGGACUGUAUAGAAACCUCUAUAGACUCCCACAGUCUGUUGCUGCUCUUUACCAAGCCUUUACUCUCUCUGACCCAGACAAACUCCAAUCUUUAGCUACAAGGACUCAUGUUGUUGCCAAAUUCUCAUCUUGGAAAGCUUAUUGUAACCUUUUUUUGUUUUUGCUCCUUGUUCAAGUCUGUCUCAGUCCCAAACAAGGACGUCAUUGGAAAGCAGUAAGAUGACGGAACAAAUUUGACAAGAAAUCUGGUUUUAGAGUGGUAGGACCUAUCCCAUCCUGGACAAAUGAAGGUUGGCUUUGAAUGGUACAUGAUCAUUGGUGUUUUUUAGUAACGUGUUAAAAUUUGAUCUUAACACCUUGUUCACAGUGCGUCAGGUUGUACUGUGUAGAUGUCACCUUCAGUGCAUCGCGUUGUCCCCUGCUGGUUGGCACCUAUUCAUGUGUUCACAAAAGAGGCACAAAAAGGCACAGUCACCAAAGCAAGGUUACAGUAAAUUAAUUAGAAACACUGGCAAAACACAAUUUAGCAUCUUGGGAAAGAGGUAACAAUGCCAUAAUCACAAGACAGCGGUUUAUUAAAUUAUUACUUAAUAAAUGAUUAAACUCUUAUCUCUGGACCAAGGUUAUCUUCAAGGACUCUAUCUUGUUUAUUUCAAGAUAACAAACUGUUUAAGUUUGUUAUCUUGAAAUAACAAGAUCAUGAAAUCGGGAGCUCAAUAAUAAUCCAUCUAACACACAUUGUAUGUAACUAGCAACAAAGGCUUUAAUCUAUUUACAUAAAAUAGAACAACAACAAAAUAUCAAAGAGUCAGAAUGAAUGGAAAUUUGGUGUUACUGUGGUGGAAGAGUAGAUUGUGAAGUAGGUGUUACGGCAACAAGAUCGAGGAUCAAGUUAAUAUUUUUUAUUGAGAUUAGAGAUGGUAGUGGGCCAGCCGAUGAUGUUGAUGACAAUGAGAAUAAUCGCUUCCAUUGUUUUGUUGCACUUUGUGCAGUCUCAGUAUGUGUUUGACUGAAGGUGAGUGUGUUGUAUUUUGGCCUGCUUUUAAAAAAUCCAUAUACUGUUUGGGACACACAUGUACCUCUGUCGACCUUGAUUGCCCACAUGGGAAAACUGCAAAACCGCCAGCUUCACUUUAAGUUUGCUUCAGGGCGUUUUUAUACAAAAAUAAUACAAAGAAGUAACAGAAACAGAAAUAUGCAUAUUCCACAAAGUAUAUUUUUACAUUCGCUGUCCUGUCAGAACUGUUUAAUCAGGUUUCUUUUUACACAUUUCCAGAGAGCUACUUUAAAGGUCAUGAGCCCCCUUGAAAAUUGAUAAUCUACCGCCUUUGAAUGCGUCACAAAUUGUAAUAAAAAUUAAUUCAUUAACUGGUAUUUACUUACUUUAAAAAUGUGGAAUGAGGAAACAAUUUGCAGUGAGGGAGCAAAACCUGCAGUGUUGUGGUUUCAGGAUGACCUCUGUAACAUGAGGUCAGUCAGGACCACAGUGCAGAGACCAGUUCUACUACAUUUGUAUUGACGGCAGGGGGGGAAAAUCUGAUUUGGAGAAUUAGUGUGAGAAUUAAUGAGUUGUUAAGGAUGAUGGGGUUCUUUUUGUUAGUCUUUGUGGAGGCAUUUGCUGAGAGAAAAUAAAUUUGUGAAACCCCAGUAAAGCAGAGUGAGCAAGGUGUGCACUGUAAAAAAAGAAAAAAAAGGAAAAAAAAAAAAAGAAGUCCUAAGAAGUUAAUCUGUUCCUGAGUAAUAAAAUUGUAAUUUUUAGACAAUUUAAGUGUCCUGCCAGUUGGGUGAGGAACUCUUUUUUUAUUCUACUGCAGCAAUCCAUUUUUCAAAACACCAACCCUCAUUUUUACAAAUUUCCUCAAUCAAGAGAGAUGGGAAUAAGUUGAAUUACCUCCCCCGUUUAAAGCAAAAAAUCAGAUUUGGAGUCAGAAUACGCCAGUGUGCAGAAUGGCAGGAACUUAAAAUGAUAAAUGAUUCAUUAAUCAGCUGAGGGGGAAAAACAGGUCAUCAGUAUGCUCCAUAUUUGACUGUGUCACCCCAGUCACCAUAUUGUAAUUUUCAGACCUUUAUCUUUCUGCGAUGAAAGGAAAAAGCCUGAGGGAGACAGAGAGCGGAGGCAGAGGAGGUGAAUUGAUAUUCAGAGGUGGUUUGUAUGUGCGAGCUAGGGCACGGAGGAAUGAGGCCGGGAAUUCAUUAUAACGCCGUUUCAAAUAUUAUGAUUCAAGCUCACGCUCACUGGGCCGUUACAGAUGUGAGGAAAAGUCCUGGGGACGGAGGGGAUGGAAAGGUAACGUCUCUGUAGAAUGAGUUGGGGGAUGAAAGGUGAAGGAACGCAUGCAAGCAGGCGGCGUGGGGAUCAAACUCAUCACUGUGUUCGGGCAGAUACACCCAGUCUGAGCCGAGUGCUUUCAUUCUUGUCCGAGUAGCACUUCUUCUCCUCCUUCAGCAAGCACAGCAGUGCUGCAGACAGACAGGAUCCAACGCUGUAGGGCAAGUCUGAAAUUUGAUUUAUAGAAAGAAAAUCUGAUUUGAGCAGUAAAUACUAAAUUAAAUAGCCUGUUGACACAAGAUUUCAUGUUUUCAGUUUCAAAAGGGAAGAAAGAUGAAAGCAGAGGAAAUUGUCAGGGUAAAUGGUCA